CCACUGGUUGCCUAGGUGAUAGGUACAACAAGUCAAGUUAUCUUAACUCUGUCCUGCAUUAUCUAUUAAUCGAAAUAUGUUGUCUUCGUUAUUUACAGAUAAUCUAAUAUGUACCAUUUGCAAUGUAAAGUGAUUCUUUCAAAUUAUUAGUUGCCUAACAUUUAACGGUUUUAACGUUGCUUAGGUAACCUGCGCGCUGCUUAUUCCUGCCGCGGCUGCUAAAAGCUACAGUUGGGAAGAUUUAAGAGCGGAUAUUUUUUAGUCAAACACAAACACGAUGCCACAGAAAACGCAGGUUCUGAAACCCAAACAGAAUGUCAUCCAGGCUCCUCAACAAGCUGCAAAGACAGUUGCACCAAAGCCUGCUAAAGCUGCAGCUAAAAAGAAGGAUGAGGAUGAUAACACAGAAAUGGCAGAUGGAUUAGACGAAUGGAUGCCAGGAAAAACACUCAUCAAACCAUCUGAUCAGUUGGAAUUGACAGAAGCUGAGCUGAAGGAAGAGUUCACAAGAAUUCUAACAGCAAAUAAUCCUCAUGCACCGCAAAACAUUGUCAGGUAUAGCUUUAAGGAACGUGCUUACAAGCCAAUCAGCAGUGUGGACCAGCUUGCCAUUCACUUUUCUUUGGAUGGCAAUAUGCUACAUAAAGACUCUGAUGAGGCACGGCGGCAAAGAGCCAGAAUGGGAGUUUUGGAAGAAAUCGUCAGUGAACCUACUACAGCAGACAUAACCGAGAAAGCUGAAAUUGAAAAAGAAAAUAAGCCUGAAGCUGUGAAAGGAGCAGAAACAACUGAAGAAGAAGAAGGAGGAGCCCCAAAGUGUAAGAAGGAGCAGAAGCUAACAAAUCAGUUCAAUUUUAGUGAAAGAGCCUCACAGACCUUUAACAAUCCUGUCAGGGAAAGAGCAUCGCAAACUGAACCUCCACCAAGAGCAUCUUUUUCUGCUACAGCAAAUCAGUGGGAAAUCUAUGAUGCCUAUUUAGAGGAACUUCAGAAGCAAGAAAAAAUAAAAGAAAAGCAGAAAGCAUCUACAACCCGGAAAGAGGAUGAGAAAUCCAAAAAGAGAUUAACUACUACUGAGGGUCAGAGUGAUGAUAUCACAAAAGUUACAAAACCAGCUAAAAUAGUAGAAAGAAUGGUUAAUCAGAACACUUUUGAUGAUGUUGCACAAGAUUUUAAAUAUUUUGAAGAUGCAUCUGAUGAUUUCCGUGACCAGGAAGGUACACUUUUGCCCUUGUGGAAGUUUCAGUAUGACAGGUCAAAAAGACUAGCAGUGACUGCUCUUUGUUGGAAUCCAAAGUACAAAGAUAUGUUUGCUGUUGGACAUGGCUCCUAUGAUUUCAUGAAGCAAAACCGUGGAAUGCUGCUUUUGUAUACACUGAAGAACCCAAAUUUCCCAGAGUUCAUUUUUAACACAGAAAGUGGUAUCAUGUGCCUUGACAUUCAUGUAGACCACCCAUGUUUUGUUGUGGUUGGUUUCUAUGAUGGAAAUGUUGCUGUCUUUAAUCUGAAAGAAAAGAUUUCACAGCCUGCUUACAAAAGCACAGCUAAGUCAGGCAAGCAUACAGACCCAGUGUGGCAGGUAAAAUGGCAGAAAGAUGACAUGGACAACAAUUUGAAUUUCUUCUCCAUUUCUUCAGAUGGGCGCAUAGUUUCUUGGACACUAGUAAAGAAUGAACUUGUUUAUACGGAUAUCAUCAAGUUGUCAAUAGGUGGAAGUACAGCAGAUGGGCUGGAGGGAAUGCAGCUGCACACACUAGGUUCUGGCACCUCCUUUGAUUUCCAUAAGCAAACUGAUUAUUUAUUCCUUGUUGGAACAGAAGAAGGCAAAGUUCACAAGUGUUCAAAAGCCUACUCAAGCCAGUUUUUGGAUACUUAUGAUGCUCAUAGCAUGACAGUAGAUGCUGUCUGUUGGAACCCAUUCCACCCUAAAGUUUUCAUUACCUGCAGCUCUGACUGGACUGUUAAAAUCUGGGAUCACACUGUUAAGACUCCUAUGUUCACUUUUGACCUAAAUGCAGCUGUUGGAGAUGUAGCCUGGUCACCUUACUCUUCUACAGUAUUUGCUGCAGUUACUACUGAUGGAAAGGUUCAUGUGUUUGACUUGAAUAUUAAUAAGUAUGAAGCUAUCUGUGAACAAGCUGUAGUUGCAAAGAAGAAAACCAAAUUGACACACAUUGAGUUUAACCCUAUCCAUCCCAUAAUAAUUGUGGGAGAUGACAGAGGCUAUGUCACAAGCUUAAAACUUUCCCCCAAUCUGAGAAAGAAGCCAAAGGAAAAGAAGGGACAAGAAAUACCUAAGGGUCCAGAGGUAGAGAUUGCAAAACUGGAAAAAUUGCUUAGUCUGGUGAGGGAACCAGACUUGAAAUAAAAAUAGGUCAUGUUAUUGGGAUGUUUUUCAUUGACUUUAAUGAAAACUCGGAUGGUUGUUUCAACUUCUUUGGGAUUCAUAAUUGGAAACCUCAGUGUAAAAUCAAUCGUUAAGAAGAGUUUACAUGCAGUUGGCUCCUACUGUUGUCUGCUUGAAUUGCAGCAUUAUUAUACAGCAUUAGAAUUCAAGACUGCCUGACAGAGUUUUUCUAACACAAUUCUCAGUUGACUUCUUAUUGCAAAUGUUUAUAAGCAUGGAAGUUUCCAAUUAAUGAGUAAUAUGCCAGAAGUGUAUGUAUUUUCUAAUUGUAUUUGCACAGAUACAUUUUUAAAGAAUAAUUUGGAAAAUGUCUAAUAUUAUUUGUCAGGCAAUACAAAUAUAACACUUGUCAAAAUUAAACUUUCAUAUUCUAAAUAUAAUUUGAUUCACAUUAAAAAUUUUCAUGAGCCAAGAA